AUGCCAUUCAUAGACAGAAAGAAGUAUAUUGCGGAGGGAGACUUGGUGCUUGUGUACGUCUCGCGAACGAUCAUAAAGCCGAUAUACGUGAAGAAGGGAGAAAACUUCAACACGAGGUUCGGCUCUUUCCCGCAUGAGACGAUGAUCGGGCUCGAAUUCGGCUCGCAGAUUACCACUCCGAAGGACCGUGGGUUUGUGUACCUCUUGCAGCCGACUCCCGAGCUCUGGACGAUGUCGUUGCCGCACAGAACACAGAUUGUCUACACGCCAGACUCGAGCUACAUCCUGCAGCGUCUGGAUGUGCGGGUGGGCUCCAAGGUGAUUGAGGCCGGCACAGGCUCGGGCUCGUUCACACACGCUUUUGCGAGAACGGUGAACUCCGAGGGAAGGCUUUUUUCCUUCGAGUUCCACGAGUCCAGGUACGAGCAGGCGAGAGACGAGUUCCUCAUGCAUGGACUCGGAAACACAACCAUCACCCACCGAGACGUGUGCACCAACGGGUUCGACAUCGAGAACGUCACCCUCGAUGCCGACGCCAUAUUUCUAGACUUGCCCUCCCCAUGGGAGGCCAUUCCCCACUUGAAGUCCGUCAUCGCAAACGACAGGCGUGUGGGAAUCUGCUGCUUCUCCCCCUGCUUCGAGCAGGUUGUGAAAACCGUCGAGUCGCUUCAGAAGGAAGGGUGGUCCGACGUCGAACUGACAGAGACACAGGGACGGCUGUACGAGUCGCACAAGGCCAUGAAGAGAGAGGUGGACGACGCCGUGAAGCGUCUUAAGUUUGUCAAGGAGAAGCAGCGGGAGGGCCUUGCCCUGAUCAAGACGGGGAAACGCCAGCGCAAGGACGACGACGAACCCCUCUCAAAGGAGAGAGACUACGGCUUCAACCCGUUCGGCAAGGGUAAGCGUAUCAUCGAGGGAGACGAAGAGUUCGAGUGGUUCAAUGUCACCAGGCUCGAGGCCGAGGUGAAAACACACACUUCCUACCUCGUGUUCGCCACCAAGAUGCCUUUCGCCGAUGGGAAGGCAUAA